AUGAGUUUCUUGAACAAGUGGAAGCCAGGAGCCGGUGGCGGCUCGGCCAACGGCAGCAAAGAUGUUCAGAAGAAGAAAGAGGAGCCACCUCCAGAGUUGACUCCCUUGGAAAAGAUGCUUCAGAACGCCGGCCCUGUACGUGGUGACGGAAGCGACAAGUACUUCGGUCUAGAGAAUUUCGGUAACACAUGUUAUUGCAACUCAAUCGUCCAAGCCCUUUACUACACAGUGCCAUUCCGAGAACAUGUUCUCCAGUAUCCGCCAUUGUCGCCGGCCGACACACCCUCCGAAAACUACAAACCGAAAGUCAAUGUCGUUGUUCGAACACUUGCAGAAAAUGGCGAUGCGGCGGCAUCUAAUGGCAAUGCCAAACCCGUCACAACAGCCGAAGCACUGGCGAGGAGGAAAGCCAUCAACUCGGGACAAGUCCCCCCAUCUCAGGGAGUUCGGCCAGAAGACAAGCCAGAUACGCCAGAAUACAAGAAGAAGCAGGCAAUGCUCAAAGGGCCGAUACUAGAACUUGCGCAAGAAAACCCAGGAGCUUAUGGCAUGGAUGAAUGCUCCUUCACGGGCUUGCGCGACAUAUUCAUGGCUCUUGUCGAGACUAACAGCAGGACAGGCGUCCUCAGUCCCCAGCGAUUUCUCGACAUCUUCAAACGUGACAACGAAAUGUUCCGCAAUUCCAUGCACCAGGAUGCUCACGAAUUUUACGGGCUGAUCCUGAACGAUGUCAUUGCUAAUGUCGAGGCAAACGCGCGGAGAAUGCUAGAACGCGAGGCUAGUCGAUCAGAAGACGGCCUCGUCAAAUCGGUCGAGUCUGCUUUGGGGGCUGCGGUUACACAUACGUCGAACGGAAUCAACUCGCCAGGCACCGGCUGGGUCCACGACAUAUUCGAAGGUGUACUGACAUCAGAGACCAAGUGUUUGACAUGUGAAACUACCUCACAACGAGACGAGACUUUUCUGGAUUUGUCGAUUGAUCUCGAAGAACACUCUUCUGUAACGUCUUGUUUGCAAAAGUUCUCGGCCGAAGAAAUGCUUUGCGAGAGGAACAAGUUCCAUUGCGACCAUUGCGGUGGGUUACAAGAGGCCGAAAAACGCAUGAAGAUCAAGCAGCUGCCCAAGGUUCUGGCACUACACCUGAAGCGCUUCAAGUACACCGAAGACUAUAGUCGCCUGCAGAAGUUGUUCCACCGUAUAGUAUACCCCUACCAUCUUCGCAUGUUCAAUACAACAGACGACGCAGAAGAUCCCGACAGAAUUUACGAACUGUAUGCCGUCAUUAUUCACAUUGGUGGCAAUGCGUAUCAUGGCCACUAUGUAUCAGUCAUCAAGACCGAGGACCGGGGUUGGUUGCUAUUUGACGACGAGAUGGUCGAGCCAGUGGACAAGCACUAUGUGCGCAAUUUCUUUGGCGACAAACCUGGCAUGGCAUGCGCCUAUGUCUUAUUCUACCGCGAGACUACUUUUGAGAAGGUUCGCGCAGAGCAAGAAGCAGAAGGCUUGGAGGAAGUUCGAAUAGCGAGUGAAAAGGCCGACAUUGCUUCAGAUGAGGCGGGUAAAAUCAAUACCAAUGGAGGUUUGGAACUUACCAGACAAACAACUCAACCAACGUCGCCCAUAGAGGAACAUGCUCUAGCUAACCUGGACCAUGCUUUGACGGCGCCCGAAGCGCCCUCCAGUCCCCAACAGGAGGUUCCGAUUACUCACUUUGACACAACCAUUCCACGAUCUGAUACCAAGUCCAAAGAUGAAAAGAAGGCCGAAAAGAAGGAAGCCAAGGCAGCCGAGAAGGCGCGGAAGGUAGCAGAGAAAGAGGAGAUCAAGGCUAAAGAGAAACAGCGGAAAGAGCGAGAAUCACAACUUCGGGAAGCUCGUAAGAAUGAGGCAGAUGAAUUACGGAAAGCUCUCGAUGAGAGCAAGAAGAUGGCUACCGAGGCAGAUUCGAAGAACAGAGACCGAGCUGCAUCUGUCACUACCCACGAUAGCCCCGGCCUGAGCCGCCACCACAGGGGCAGCAAGUCAAUGUCGAGGAGAAGUUUUGCCUUCCUAGGCAAAGACAAAGCACGACGGGACAGCAGUGUGGAUAUCCCACCAGUACCUGAGACUCCCACCACUGAAGUGCAUAAUGCAGAGCAUGGCAAGGGGGUAAACGGUAUCCCUACUACUCCUUCCACUCCGCAGAAGACCAAAGAGCGAUUCAGCUUCAGCCUCGGACGGAAGAAGAGUACAAUCUUGUCUUGA